AUCGAAUUUGGGUUUGGGCCCCUUAGAAACUAUUUGGACCAGCCCAAAUUGUAGUCGGUUCUUCUUGUUGCCCAAGCAUUUGUAAACUCUCCGAUAUAAAGAGAGAGUUGGUUCCCGAAUCUACGCGAAAGAGAGCGAAAUUGGAAUUGGAAGCGAGAAAUGGGUUGGGUGUGGAGGGACGAUGACAACGACGGCGUUAAUCCAUCUGCUUCUGACGUCAUCCCCAGAUCGGACGGUGACCGGUACUCGACGAGGAAGGUGGUGAGGACGCAGUGCAAGACUGAGGAGGUGGAGCCCGGCAAGUUCAUCAGAAAGUGCGAGAAGACCGAGGAGCUUCUCCGCGACUGCGUCGGCCGGCCUGUUGAAGUGGUACAAUCCAACAAAGAGUAUACAGAAGAUGAUGUCACUGACCAGGUGAUGAAAGGGUCCGUGUCUUUUGGGUCAUCAGGCAAUGGAGCAUUCAACUUCCCUGGACUACAGAGUGAUAUCGAUGAAAUUGAACGCAAUGUCUUAGGUGGGCUCAGCCGAUUCUUUGAAGCUGCUGAUGGCUUCUUCAGUUCAUUUGGCAUUCCACACAUCUUUGAUGAGGGACCCUCUACUUCACUACCAUCUCCGAGGAGAGAGAUACCUAUUGACAGCCCUCGUCAGCAGGAAGUUUUUCCCAAAUCAAAUGGCACAAAAUCUGGGGAGGUUGAUCUUUCUGGGUUGGCAAGAGAUGUUUGAGCAAGCCCCGUGCGGAUCACUUUGAAUUUGUCAGCUGGUUUGUUGAGAGGGUGACUAUGUUCACUUCUGGUGAUCCAAUUUGUAUUGCAGUUUCCCUUUCUAAUCAUAGGGUACAUGUCCAUAAGAGAGGACUUUCUAUGAAUGCUUGACUACAAGCCCUUUGCAGGA